AUGUGGCACACAGCAGGGUUAGUUUCUUUCUUUCUUUCGAAAAGCUUAAUUUUCAUCCCAAGAUUUUUAAUCCCAAAAAUCCAAAAGUUUUCCAAACAUUUCUCAAAUAUAUUUUUCACGUGACUUGAAAAACUAACCAAAUGUUCACUGCGAAGCCUAACAUUGAUUGUAUUUUUAGAGUUCAAAAGUGGAUUUCCAGAAGCAACUUAUCGAAAAUCAAUCCCUUAAGGCAGGGCUACUUGAGAACUAGACUCUCUAGGCGUUGAUCCUUGACGACUGAAUUUCUAGACGCGGUUUCUUGAAUUAAAAAAAAUAAAAUACAAUUUUUACUUUUCGGAACCACGACUAUUCAAGUAGAAUAAAGAAACUGAAGGCUACCAAAAAUAUAACAUUUUUCGAAACCCAUAAAACCUUUUACAAAUUCCGGAAAUGUGUUAAUUCAUUUGGUGGACACCCAAAAAUAUACUUAUGAAGAAUUUCAUUUAUUUUUUUGCUCAGAUAUUUUCGCAUAAUUCAAUUCAUCUAUUAAAACACAAGAGUUUUGACAGCUUGGGAAAAACAUAAAAUUUGAAUAGUGUAAGAUUUUUCUCUCGAAGCCAUGUUAGUUAGUUUGUUUGAUAAUUUAGUUACAUGUUUUCAAUUGAGUUCGAAUAAGAAAAGAAAAGAAAAAGAAGUGGACAAAUCCAAAAGAUACUUAAUUAUAGUAGAAAUUGAAACUCUUCGAAUUGAAUAGAUAUAUUUGAAACUAAUAAUAAUAAACAUAUGUCUCUUUUUUUCUUAUUUUUUCCUGGACAUUUUUAAUAUUUUCGACCUCCUUCUUAUAUUCUUCUAGUUUUUUUUGCUCCAGUCUACGACCCAUCUUUUGUCUAUUCAAUCUGUUUAAUGGCCUGGAAAUUCAGACUUAGAAUUAAGAAAGAAAAAAGAAGUGCAUUUCUUGAACCAAAAAAACCAGUACUUCUUCCCUUCUUACAAUUAAUUUCAGAUUACGUCAAGAUCGUCAAAUGUUUUUUCACGCCACGUUAGCACGUAGUUUUAUAAGUGCUUUGAGUAUUCGAGGAGAUGAUGAUGCUGUUGAUCGAUUGAAUUAUUAUUAUACUCCUCUAAUUUUAGCUAUUUGUUGUUUGGUUAUUUCAGCGAAACAGGUUGGUUUUUGUGAAUUUACAAUUUUUAAAUAUAAAUUUACGGAAUAUUCGCAGACUGUGAGCUUUUUGGAUCUUGUUAUCUGAAAAACCAAUAAAUAAUAGUUAAUUUCAGUAUGGUGGAACUCCAAUCGAAUGUUGGGUAAAUCCACACAGUCGAGAAUCAAUGGAAGAAUAUAUUGAAUCAUAUUGUUGGAUUCAGAAUACUUAUUGGAUUCCAAUGUAUGAAAAUGUUCCAGAUGAUCAUACAGCAAGAGAAGGUUAUCUUGUCACUUUUCAGUUUUCCAAAUAACUUUUGAAUUUUCAGAAAAACAAAUAGGUUAUUAUCAAUGGGUUCCGUUUAUUUUGAUUGCUCAAGCAUUGAUAUUUUCAUUGCCUUGUAUUUUUUGGCGACUUUGCUCUUUUCAAUCUGGUUUGAAUAUUCAAACUCUAAUCAAUGCUUCAACAGAUGCACAAACUCUUUUGGAUAAUUCAGAUCGACAAAAAGCGAUUGAUUCAAUUUGUCAGAAUUUUGUAGAUCAUUUAGAUUUACAAAGUCCAAAUGGAAGAAUUCGAGCGCGUGGAUGGAUUGCAAGAAUAAAAUUUUCGAGAUUUCUUUCGGGACAAUUGGUGACUAUUUUCUAUAAUUUCACCAAAUUUUUGUAUUCGAUCAAUGUUGUUGGACAAUUUAUAAUAUUGAAUGCUUGUUUGAAAAGUAAUGAUUAUUUAUUCUUUGGAUUCCAGGUUUGUAAGAAAAUAUAUUAGAAAAAUAUGAAAAUAAAAUCAUUUUUCAGGUUUUGAAUGAUAUUUGGGCUGGUCGACCAUGGACCGAAACUGGACAUUUUCCACGUGUUACACUUUGUGAUUUCGAAGUUAGAUAUUUGGCAAAUUUGAAUAGAUAUACAGUUCAAUGUGCUCUUCUAAUCAAUAUAAUAAAUGAAAAAGUUUUUGCAUUUUUAUGGAUUUGGUAUAUGAUUCUUGCACUUAUAACAACUUCUUCGUUUAUUUAUUGGUUGGCAAAUUCGUUUAUUCAUUCGGAGAAAGUGGAUUAUAUUAUGAAAUUUAUACAAAUUGCUGAAUCAAGCGAAUUCAAGAAAAUGCAAAAAUUUGAAAAGGUUGGUUUACAAAAUUACUUGAAAAGGGGUAGAAAUAAAAAGUUCUUGAAUGAAAGAAGAGAGUACCUUCGCUAAAACAUACAUUUUUAUGAACAUUUACGUGGUCCAAAAAUUCAAAUUUGUUUUCCUAGAUCUUUAUCAAAAUGGGAUAAUUUAGAUAUUGUCAUUCCGAAUUUUGGCUCUAAAAACUUCGGAUUGACAAAAUCUGGAUUGUCAUUCUAAAUUCUAAUAUUGAGGACCAUAAAUGUUAUCCCAAAGGCAAAAUUGUUGGAACAAAAACCACAAGGACAGUGAAAAUGUUUUAUUUGUGCUAAUUUUGUCACGUGUAGCAACAAAUAUCAACCUCAAUGGUUUUUGUGUGUUCUCUGCUCGAAGUUAUGUCGAAAUUUUUUCAAUGUCCUGUUUUAAAAAAUUGAUAUUAAUUUUGAGAAUUAAACAUUAAAGUUAACACAUUCUCAAAUUUUCAAUUAUUUAUAUUCCCUUUACAAAGUUAUUUUUUAGGAUGCAACAGUGGAAAGACUUUAUACAGUAAUCGCAUUUGCUCCACAUCUUCUCGAUGGUUUUGUUUCCGAUUUUCUCAAAUCCGAUGGUAUUCUAAUGCUUCGAAUGAUCUCAAAUCAUGCUGGAGAUAUGAUUGUUGUUCAAAUAGUUCGAAGUCUUUGGCAAGAAUAUCGAGAAAGAAAUUGGCGAGAAUUUGAAGAAAAUGAGGAAAUGAAAGAUAUGGAAUUAAGAGGAAGAGGAGGAUUGACUGAAAGAAUUAUUAUUGCCAAUCCUUCACAAACUAAAUCAUAUUUAUAG